CAAAGCUAGUUGUGUUUCUUAAGAGGGCUAUGUAACUGUGUAGGCCAAGGAUAGGCCUCCUAUGGUUAAUAUCAUUUGUGUAAAGCAUUAAAUAGAAAUGGUUCUUCAAAAUAGUGGGAAGUAUAAAGCCGAUCAGGGGGGAACAGACAAGAAAUAUUCGGGACGACAAGAAGACUCUUCAGAAGCACGUCUCCAACGUUCUGUUAUUAAUGAUGAGAUUGACAUCAAGUAUGGAUUUGAUCGAUACAAAGACCCACAAGAGAGAGUUGGUUGGUUAAUCAACAUGCAUCCGGCUGACAUCUUGGAUGAAAACAAGAAGCUCAUAAGUGCCGUUGAUUACUAUUUUAUUCAGGAUGAUGGCAGCAGAUUUAAAGUGUCCCUUCCUUUUAAACCAUACUUCUACAUUGCCACUAGAAAAGACUGCGAAAGAGAAGUGUCAUCAUUUCUUACCAAAAAGUUUGUAGGCACACUCAGCUCUGUUGAAGGCAUGUCAAAAGAAGAUUUGGAUUUGCCAAAUCAUCUUAUCGGACUAAAACGACCCUACUUGAAGCUUUCCUUCACAACCGUAAAUGAUCUUCAGAAGGUGCGAAGGGACAUUAUGCCAUCUGUUCGAAAGAAUCGUGAACGUGAAAAAACACAAAAUAUAUACACCACAAUGCUGACAAGUAAACUGACUGGUGAAGAAGACAAUUCAUCUUCACAUGCUUCAAAGAAGAUAUCAAACCAGAUGGACAAUAUUGUCGACAUACGUGAAUAUGACGUGCCAUACCACGUGAGAGUGGCCAUUGACAAGAAGAUUCAUGUGGGGCAUUGGUAUUCUGUGCGAGGGCGUGGUGCACUUCCCCCUGACAUUCAACAACGAGAUGAUUUACUUGAUAGACCGGAUCCUGUUGUCUUAGCCUUCGAUAUAGAAACCACAAAACUUCCUCUUAAAUUUCCUGAUGCAGAGACAGAUUCGAUUAUGAUGAUAUCAUAUAUGAUUGAUGGACAGGGUUAUUUAAUCACAAAUCGUGAGAUCAUCUCAGAGGAUAUUGAGGACUUUGAGUACACGCCAAAGCCAGAGUACGAAGGUCCAUUUAUAGUCCUUAAUGAACCUGAUGAAGAGGCCCUCUUACAUCGGUUUCUAGAUCAUGUUCUUGAAAUCAAGCCAAAUAUAAUUGUGACAUACAAUGGUGACCUCUUUGAUUGGCCCUUUGUCGAGGCUAGGUGUACCCAUUUCGGCAUAGAUAUGUUCAAGGAAAUAGGCUUUCAGAAGGACAGAGAAGGUGAAUUCAAGGCUAGGCCGUGUAUCCACAUGGAUGCCUACCGAUGGGUGAAAAGAGACAGUUAUCUUCCUGUGGGCAGUCAGAAUUUAAAGGCGACUACUAAAGCCAAACUACGCUAUGACCCGGUAGAGGUCGACCCCGAAGACAUGUGUCGUAUGGCCAGCGAGGAACCACAAACUUUGUCCACGUAUUCUGUCUCAGAUGCGGUCUCCACGUACUAUCUCUAUAUGAAAUAUGUGCAUCCUUUUAUCUUUGCCCUGUGUACAAUCAUUCCAAUGGAGCCAGAUGAGGUACUAAGGAAGGGCUCAGGUACUUUGUGUGAAGCUCUUUUAAUGGUCCAGGCAUUCCAUGCUAACAUUGUAUUCCCUAACAAACAAGAGAGUGUCUUCAAUAAAUUGAAUGACGAUGGCCAUGUUAUAGAAUCUGAGACGUAUGUAGGUGGACAUGUUGAAGCAUUGGAAUCUGGUGUGUUCAGGGCAGAUUUACCAUGCAGAUUUAGAAUGGUGCCAGAGGCUUUCCAGAACCUGAUGAACAGUGUGGAGAGAACAAUGAAACAUGCCAUAGAAGUUGAAGAGAAGGUUCCACUAGAGACUGUUACCAACUUUGAAGAGAUUUGCUGUGAGAUCAAAGAAAAACUUGCAGCUCUGCGGGACACACCAGCUCGCUUAGAGAACCCCAUCAUUUAUCACUUGGAUGUUAGUGCCAUGUACCCAAACAUCAUCCUCACCAACAGGUUACAGCCAUCAGCUGUUGUAGAUGAAGUCACCUGUGCCGCGUGUGACUUCAAUAAACCAGGUGCUAGGUGCCAGAGAAAAAUGCCUUGGACAUUGAGGGCAGUAUAUAUGCCUGCUUCUAGAAGUGAGUACUACAGGAUUCAACAGCAGCUGGAAUCGGAGCGAAUUCCCCCUCUGAUGCCUGGUGGACCUCCUCGAGUGUUCCAUGAACUGACUAAGGAGGAACAGGCAACAAUGGAAAGAAAACGUCUAGCAGAAUACUGUAAGAAAGCAUAUAAGAAGACAAAGAUAACAAAGGAACAAGAUUGCCAUACAACGAUUUGUCAGAGGGAGAAUUCCUUCUACGUGGACACAGUCCGAGCAUUCCGUGAUCGAAGAUAUGAAUUCAAAGCAUUGUGUAAGGUUUGGAAGAAGAAAGUAGUGGAAGCAGUUGAUAAGGGAGAACCAUCAGAAAUAAAGAGUGCAAAGAACAAAGAAAUUUUAUACGAUUCUUUGCAACUUGCCCACAAAUGUAUUCUGAAUUCUUUCUAUGGUUAUGUAAUGCGCAAAGGUGCACGGUGGUACUCAAUGGAAAUGGCUGGUAUUGUGUGUUACACUGGGGCUAGUAUCAUCACAAAGGCAAGGGAGAUUGUGGAGCAAAUUGGCCGACCAUUGGAGUUGGAUACGGACGGAAUAUGGUGCGUACUGCCAGCCUCAUUUCCAGAAAACUAUGUGAUAAAGACAACUAACCCUAAGAAGUCAAAGGUCACAAUAUCCUACCCUGGAGCAAUGUUGAACAUUAUGGUUCGGGAUCACUUCACAAAUGACCAGUACCAAGAGUUAGUCGACCCAGCCGCACUCAGGUAUGAAGAGCGCUCUGAAAACUCAAUCUUCUUUGAAGUUGAUGGUCCUUACUUGUCUAUGAUUUUACCUGCAUCUAAAGAAGAGGGCAAAAAACUCAAGAAAAGAUAUGCUGUGUUUAAUUUUGAUGGAUCUUUGGCGGAGUUAAAAGGAUUUGAAGUGAAGCGAAACGGGGAACUCCAGUUGAUCAAAAUCUUCCAGAGCUCUGUAUUUGAAGCAUUCUUAAAGGGGUCAAGUCUAGAAGAAUGCUAUGCAGCGGUGGCAAAAGUAGCCGAUUACUGGUUAGAUGUUCUGUACAGUAAGGCUGCUAACAUGCCAGAUUCUGAGCUUUUUGAUCUGAUCUCUGAAAAUCGUAGCAUGUCUCGUAAACUAGAUGAUUACGGAGAACAGAAAUCCACAUCUAUUAGUACAGCCAAGAGAUUAGCAGAGUUUCUUGGAGAUCAGAUGGUGAAGGACAAGGGUCUGGCGUGUCGCUUCAUCAUCUCACGUAAACCAGAUGGUGCGCCAGUCACAGAACGUGCAGUCCCCUUGGCAAUCUUCCAAGCAGAACCAGGUGUGAAGAAGCACUACCUUAAGAAAUGGCUCAAGAAUCCGUCAAUGACUGACUUUGAUAUUAGAAGGAUUCUUGACUGGGAAUACUAUAUAGAGCGUCUUGGGAGCUGUAUUAUGAAGAUCAUCACAAUCCCAGCUGCAUUGCAACAGGUUGCUAACCCAGUGCCGAGAGUCAAGCACCCUGAUUGGCUGCACAAGAAACUACUGGAAAAGAAUGAUGUGUUCAAACAACAGAAGAUCAGUGAGAUGUUUGCUCCAUGCCCAAAGCCUAAUCCACCAGAGGCAAUUGAUAGCUAUCAGGAUAGUGGUGACAAUGGCAUUGCAGAUAUGGAAGAUUUUGGCAGGUUGAAUAACCCAAACAACACAUCAGCUGUAGUUAAUAUCCGUAAACGAAAGCGAGAUACAAAUACAGAAGAGAGUCGUGGUCGCAGUCAAGAUUCUGACCUUAGCCAGUCAUGGCAGGAAGUUUUAGGACCAGCACCCCCUAUGGGUAAAACAAAGGAUGAACAUAGAGAGUGGGUUAUAUAUCACAAGAAGAAAUGGGCAUUACAAGCAAGACAACGAAAAGAGCGCAAACGUAGACGAACAGACGAUGACUCAGUACAUGCUGAUCUUGGAGGCGGAGGAGCUAUUAGAGUUGGCCAAUCCGCAGGCCUUGGCAAUUUCUUAAGGCGUACAGCCAGGUCGCUUGUGGACACUCCCUGGCAAAUUGUUCAAAUUGCACAGACCAAUGAGCCAGGCCUGUAUCGUCUUUGGGUGUUGGUUAACAAUGAGUUGCAUGGCCUGAAAUUGAAUGUGCCUCGCAUUUUCUACGUGAAUCAAAGACAUCCAAAAGAAGAGAAGGAAGGAGCAACAUGGAGAAAAGUGAAUAAGUCUCUGCCAAGAUCGAACCCUGCCUACUUUCUUUAUGAAUAUGCUGUACCUGAACACCUCUUCCAAGAGCAUUCUAAUGAGCUGUAUGCCGACUUGUCAGCCCCAGACAUUGAAGGUGUAUAUGAAACGCAGCUAGGCCUGGAUUUCAGAGCCUUAGUGAGGUUAGGAUGUGUGUGUAUGGUUAGUAGGCAAUAUGCAAGGUACUUGGCUGGAAAGGAAGUAGAUACGUUUGACCUGCAGCAUCUUGAUUUUAAGACCUUGGCUCAGUUUGCCUACCUUCCAGCUGGAUCUAUGAGACGGGUGUUCAUCUAUCAUCACAUGGUUGGUUCAAAGGCUAUGUUUGGUGUUUUCUUCUCAACAACAAAGAAGGCCACAGUGUUUGCAGUGGAUACAGUAAGGACCAAUCAGAUGCCAAACCUGACAACUAUGUACCAAUCAGAACGCAAUGCAAAAAUUCAACGGGGUACUGAAGAGGAGUAUCUACCAAUGCCGGAACACUCUUUUGAAGUGCAAGUUGAGAAAGACAUCAAGAAGGCCUACAAGGCCAUCCAUCGUCUGCUUAGUGCUUACAAAGAUGAAAGGAAAGGACCAACAUUCAUAGCUGUUCAAUCAAAAAUGGGUAAUCUUGAGUUGAUGAGUCAUAUUCCAAUGCUGGAGGAAUUCCCACUUGUGCGGAUCCAUGCUUCUGAUAACGACAGCCUCUACGGUGUGCUAGAUUGGCAGCGUCAAGGUUCCCGGAGACUCCUGCAGCACUACCUCAAUGUUGACUACCUGCUUAUGAGUUACCUUGAGCAGAGCAGGUACUUCCAUGUUCCUCUUGGCAACUUGCCUGAAGAUCCUGGCAUUUUCGGUGCAGAUUUAUUCUUUGCUCGACAUCUGCAGAAGCAUGGCCAUCUCCUGUGGACUUCAAUGUCUGAAAGGCCAGACUUGGGUGGGAAGGAGGCAGACGACAACAGACUUGUUUCUGAGAUGGAAGAGAAGGCAACCAUGGAAAUAAACAAUCCUGGCUCCUAUGCUACCGUGUGUGUUGAACUUGAUAUUGCAAGUCUAGCAGUCAAUACAUUACUGCAGUCGCAUCAGAUCAGUGAGUUGGAAGGAGCAGCAGGCAGUAUAGCCUUUGACAGCAUCCCACAAUCCUCUCUUGAAGAUAUGGUCACCGGCCAAGCAGGUGCCGCUGCAGGCCUAGCAAGUUAUGAUGAGACUGCCCUCUGUGCUGGCACAUUUAGGGUUAUGAAAAGCAUGGUACACGGUUGGCUGAAAGAUGUAGCCGAGUAUGGUAAUGCUUUUGCAGACUAUCAAAUUAUGCACUUUUAUAGAUGGCUACGCUCACCAAGUGCAUCCCUCUACGAACCCGCCCUCAGACGUACUUUAAGUAAUCUUAUGCAGAAACUAUUCAUUCAUCUAAUUACCGAGUUCAAGCGACUUGGCUCUACCAUCGUGUACGCCAACUUCAAUCAUAUCAUUCUUUGCACCAAGAAGAGAAGCGUAGUGGACGCCAUUGCUUACGUUGAGUACAUCACAAGCAGCAUCAAGUCGCGAGACUUGUUUCAUGGUAUUGAUAUGUCCUUCAAAGAAUGCUGGGAAUAUCUGAUCUGGCUUGAUCCGGCUAACCAUGGUGGGGUGAAAGGUCAGCUUCCAAAGUCAUUACAGCAACCAACUGGAGAUGAGCAAGGCACUGCAGAAACUCCUGAAGAUGAAGACAGUGAAGUUGUAGAUAGUGAUAAAGAAGAUGAGGAAGAGGUUGAAGUUGAAAUGAAUUGGAAUAUAAUGCACUACCUACCAAAAGCAGCAGCGUGUCAGACCAAUUUUAAUAUGACAAUAGCUGGAUAUAUCCUAGCCAUUUAUCAACACCUGCAAGAAGACAUGUUACAAAAUACACCUGGAAACACACCUGUACGUCGCCGUGGUAACACACAGACACAGUUGUCGAAUGCUGACCCGUCAACAACACCUAGUAUUGUGGGCUUCUCUCAAGAGCUUAUAUCUGGGGACUUAUCACAGAGGCUAUUUGCCAUAACACAGAAGAUUCAAAAGAAGAUUUCUGGUAACCGUGGCAAUAGACAUGAUGCUUCAGAGGUGUUUCCUGAUCUGCCAGGCUCUCACUUACCAUUCCAGAACCCAGCACUGGAGUUUGUCAAAGCAGUCUGCAAGGUGUUGUCAUUAGACUCAAACAUUACUAACCAGGUAAACAAACUAAGACGUGACUUAUUGAAAUUGAUCGGCGUUGGCGACUUCUCCGAGGAUGCAAAAUGGGUUGAUCCAUGUCUAUCGUACGUUUUGCCAGAGGUCAUUUGCAAGGUCUGUAACCAUUGUCGUGAUCUCGACCUCUGUCGGGACCCAAUGCUAGUUCAAGAUGGCAAUUCUGUAGCAAUGUGGCAGUGUAUCCAGUGCAAGAGUGACUACGAUACAAGUGCUAUUGAGCAUUUAUUAGUGGAGUCUGUUCAUCGAAUGUCUAUGUCCCACAUCCUGCAAGAUCUCACCUGUACAAAGUGUUCUCAGGUGAAACAACCAAAUAUGACCAGUUACUGUGAGUGUGCGGGGGACUUCGAAACAACCAUGUCAGUGAAGACGCUAUCAGAGCAAAUGAAAGUUUUCAGCAAUAUUGCAAGACAUUAUGAUAUGAAGCUGCUUGGAGAAACAGUUGAUUGGAUCCUAAAGAUGAACCCAAACAUUAUGAAAGCUUGAAUUUGAUUGGUGCAUGGUGAAGAGAAGUUUGAUGCGACAGACUGUUGAUUGGAAUCCAGUAAGUGGAAAGGAAGCUUAAAUUCGAUUGGCUCUCCUUUUGUCAAUACAUUACAACAAGAAAGAAAAAGGUUCCUGUACAAUUUAUAUUGGUGUUGAUAAUGAUGAAGUAAAAUUAUUACACUGCUUGUAUUAAAUUUUGACAUAACAAUUAAAACACUAUUAAAAGUACAACAUAGAUUUUACUACUUAAUUCCAUAUAGUAAAACAUAAAGACUAUAUACUGCUUUUCUGCAGAAAUAUUUUCUAAGUAUAUUUCCAAUUUAACAAUCGUUUGCCAAAUAUUUUGUAUUUAUUGUAGCAAAAUAAAAUUACUCUUUAUAUAAA